AUGAAUAAAUCCAUAAAUAAAUAAAAUAAAAACAUUUCAAAGCAUAUUUACGCUAUUAUUUUAUUUUAGUAAAUUUAUUUUUUAUUUAUUUUAUGUAUUGCAUGCCCUUUACUUUACAUCUUUUAUGUUUUGAAUUCUAUCUACUCUUUAAGCGAGAAGCUAGCUAGCUUUCUUAACUCCUAUUUAUUUAUUUUUUUAAUUAUCUAUUUUUAAAUAAUUCAAAAAACAAAAAUUGAUUCAAAAAACUAAUAACUCAAAAAAAAAACUGACUGUUUUAAUAAGAGUUAUUCAAAUUAUUUAUUGCUUUUUAUUUUUGCUAGUGCUUUGAAUUCUUAAAAAUAUAAAUAGAAAUUCUGA